AUGGCUUGUCAAGAAUGCCCCUGCGAAGGAAAUUAUAGGAGUGAAUUGCAUCCCCCACUGCAAUUGCGAGAGAUAAUGUGUCAGUGGACCGUUUCUAUCCCUGAUAAGUUUUUGUCCAUUGCUGGUUUUGAACCUGGUGUUUUUAAGGCUAACGAUGUUGUCAGUGAUCUUGACGCAAAAGCGACGGGGCCAAACAUCGAGAAGGAAAGCCUACAUGCAUAUCAUCUGCCUGCUGUGUAUCAACGCAUACGAUCUCAAGCUCAUCCCCAUCAUGUCUGGAUGAGCAAUUCCAUAUUGAAUGGUGGUGACCAACUUCGAUACGUUCAAUACCUUCAAGCUGGUAACAGACAUCUGGGACCUGAUUUCGCCAUACCCAGGUUAUCCACCUCCCAACGUCAAGUUGCAGACGCCUGGGUAUAUCUCGAGGGAGCUUUUCUUGUAUGGACUUCACACAAGCCGAAAUCCCGGCCUACUUCUACCCGCAUAUACCCAUCUCUGCGCAAGACAGAGACUCAGACGCAGACAAUGAAAGGACUUUCGAUGAAUAUUACGAUGUUGAAUUACGCUAAGGAAGCUAAUUUAUUCCGAAUAUCUUCGAAAUUUGUCGCUUUGCUCGCCUGCGAAAAGAUGUCGUUUUAUUCCUUCACAGCACAUGUUUCGCUAUCCGCUAUACAAAGGUACGAUACUCCGUAUCUACUGGGUCACUACGAAUUGAGGAAGAGAAAGAAGUUACAUCCUAGAAGUCCUCACUCCAUAGAACGCCACGAUGACGUGAAAUGCCUCCUUGGUGCCGCUAUCACGGUGCAGGGAGGUAGCCUGCUUUUGACAAACAUCAUCCACGACCAAUCCAGGGCUAUCGAAUCUCCGACUACGACUCGAAGAUCUGAUCAUGACAGCCCCGUGAAAGAGGAGUAUAAUGCGGAAAUUCACGAAUGCGCUACAGACUCCACACCCAUCUGUGCGCCUCAAGUCAAUAAAGCAUUUUUAAUCAUCUAUGCCAGAAAUCAGCCGCAAGAAACUGCCCAAGCAGCGGAAAGUGCCACCAAUCUCAAUCACAAUUACCACUUUAGGGGCGCAGACCAAAUACCGUCAAUUCGAGUAUCCGAAAUGGGAUAG